CAGCCUUGUUGCCGCCGGCCCGCCUCGUACGGAUGUAAAUGGAGCUGCCAAGCCAGUCAAGGCCGCCCAACAUGAUCCCUCUCUCUUGUUCUCGAUUCUGCCCCGCGCACGCGCAUUUCGAGUUUCGACAUGGAGGACACGGAUCUCAUUGCAUGUGUGUAUCCGUUUGAGGAUACGAGUGGCUUCGGGAGGAAAGCGAUUGAGGCAGACAAGAACCAACUGCGGCUUGUGCCCGCGCAGCUUCCUGUCGAAGUUCAACACGACCGCCCCGAGCCGCAAUACACCGAGCCUCGCGGUGAGGCCAACGUUCCUGCGUACCUCCACGGUCCCGGGCUUGAAUUGAGGUUUAGCCAGGGCCCAAGGAUGUCGACCGGAUUUGUGUUCGGGUGCGGCCCCGAUUGCGACAUUGUCCUGCCUCCAAUCCGCGGCAUCAGUGUUCGCCACUUCGCCCUCACGUUCGACGACAAGCACCGCCCGAUCGUGAAGGAUCUUGAGACGUCCAUGGGAACCGAGGUCAUAUAUGACCGACAAGGCCAUGGACGGCGCAGCGGCUUCGUCUGGAUCGUGGGAGGCCAUGAUAUUCUGCGAGGCAAGACCAUCGUCGUCAACGUCAACAGGGUCCUCAAAUUCCAAAUCGUCGUCAACGAGCCGGCCCUCAGGUCUAAAGACUACAUCAACAACGUCAGCCAGUUCUGGCAGGGCUCCGUCGACGCUGAGAAUCUCUUAGACAGCCUGGGCCUGAGGACCCAACCGCCAACUGAACGAGGCAGUGGCAUCCAGACGCCAGGCACCGGCUCGAUCUUCCUCGAAAAAGACAUCGGCGAAGGAUCUUUCGGGGUUGUGAGAUACUUGUGGAAUGUGAGCACUGGAGAGGAAUGCGUCAUCAAGCAGCCAUCCCAGAAAGCCAUUCGGGAGAGGAGGGUUAAUCCUGCUGCGUGGGAGAGGGAGGCUUCGAUCAUGAAACGAAUCUCUCAUGACCAUGUUGUCAAGUUGCUUGGAGCAGAGUUUGUACCUCUACCCCAGUUCCGCCUCGAGUAUGUUCGCGGUGGAUCUCUUGACAACUACGACGAGAUAACGACCAGCGAAGGCUUGCAAAUACUGGAGCAAUGCCUCUCAGCACUUGCAUACCUCCAUGGGCGGGAUCCGCCGAUCGUGCAUCGAGACAUCAAGCCGAGCAACAUUCUCGUCCAGCAUCGACGCGGCGGUGAAAUUUUUGUCAAAUUCGGUGAUUUUGGCCUUUCAAGAGAGGGCUAUGAUCCAACGACGAUCUGCGGCACUGAGAAGUAUCUAGCGCCCGAGAUCUUUGUCGAGUGGGGCGCAAGAAACGCUCAGCGCCCCGACAGGAGUUAUACUGCAGCUGUCGACAUCUGGUCCCUUGGCGUGUCUGUCUUCGAAUGUGUGUCCGGCCGUCUGUCCGCCGCGGCUGGCGGCAUCUCGUGGUGUCGCCAUAUCAUCAAGAAGCUCAAACGCGACUUCGAAAAAGAUCCUGAGCCCCUGAAGCACUUCUUGUUGGACAACAUGGUGAUCUUGCGGCCAGAGAAGCGGAAAUCUGCCCAGUAUUGCUACGAGAAAGUUCUGCACCUCACCGGUCAAGCGCAAGACGAUAGUCCGACUCCAACCGCAACUUCCUUUUCCACGGCAGCGACCUCCCGUCAAGACGCGCACACAAUUGCUGGGACCCGGUCGAGCACUACUUCAGGCGAGAAUUCAGCCGACACAGUGCUGGCAUACACCAGUCCAGAAGCCUCGUCUCCUGAUGCCCACGUGUCACGCCUGCCGACGUUUCACGAGAGCUGGUUACUGGAUCCAUUGCACCCAUUUGGUGGCGGGUCUAGCCUCGCAGCCCUCCUAGGCCAGGAAACAUCCGAUGUCAGGAGCAAAGAAUCGUCUUCGCUUCCAACCGAGGCAUCACCCCAACCACACAGUGGCGGGCCCGAACCCGUGCUGCAGGACCGUCCGUCGUUCUGGACCGCUGUGCCUCCGCCUGCCGUUCGCGUUGACCAGCACACGCGCAAGAGGUCCAAGCGAUCCACGCGGUCAUCCCACUCGGCUUCGUCCUCGUCUCGGAGACGACAUCCCAAGCGCCGCGAACUCACUGCCUCCGCCCGGCGUCAGCGGAGCAGCCGCCAUGCUGGUAGUUCUCGCACUGUGAGGCCGUUUCACCUGGAUCAACACCGCUCAGCGUCGCAAGGGUUGCUUCCGCAGGUGGGAAACUGGAAAGACCCGUGGGAAGCAGCCGAGGUGCAACCCGGCCUGGCGGAUGUUCAAUUUCAACCUGAAGACUGGAACUUUGACGACUUAGAUUGGUAUAUCCAGCCCGCCGAUGAUCCCCUUGCCGUUUGUGCUCCGGUUUCAGGCACCAAUCCGCCGGGCAGGCCGAGAGAGGGAGACAAUGGAGACGGGUCGGGGACGGAUAGUGAGGCGCAGAUGGCGGCGCUGUUGCUGUGCGGCAUGCGCCAGCAAUCUUGAUGGGCAACGAAGUCGGCGAUAUCAACGAAGAUGAGCUUGUCGGUUCGACUAGCCAAGGGUUAGGUGUGUAAGUGCCUUGAUUCCUUUUUGAUUGUAUAGAGAUUUGUACGAAUAUGUCAGUCUUCUUCGCCUAUGCGUCGACCCUGACCCUUGUGCUUGACAUCUUCCCGUCGACGACCAUACAUCGAGAGACUAAGGCGCUAUAGGAAUGGGUACGAACGAUGUAUUGGAAUGUAGGUAUGUACGGAGUAGAUAUGAAGGAUGUGUAAAACUACCUGGUAUG